GGAGGGCACGCAACUCACGCAAUCCAACGAGCGGUGUCCAGUACUCGCUGGUCAACAGCUACGAUGUGGCCGAUACGAUUCGGUUAACGAACGAUGGAAAGCUAAUGACGAUCAAGGGACUAGAUCGAGAGCGACAGGACGUGAUCCGUGUGACGAUCAUCGCCGAGUAUUUCUACAAACAGCGCACCUUUGCCGGCAUCUAUCAGGUGCUGAUUGUGGUGGACGAUGAAAAUGACAAUCCACCAACGUUCAAUCAACCGUUCUACUUGGGUGUGAUCGCCGAAAACUCACCGAUCGGCACUGAGAUCGUACUGAACAAUCCAAUCGUAAUCUCGGACCAGGACGUUGGGCUAAACGGGGACUACGAACUGAUACUGUCGGGUGAAUCGAACUCCUUCGUUGCCCAGUUCUCCAACUCGACACUUUCCAACUACAACAAAACGGUUGCCCACAUCUUCCGUAAUCUCCAGAUCGCGAAUGUGCAGGAUACGGCCGAUCAUGGUGGUUUGCGAUUGCGAUCGGACUAUCAACAACGACCAACUGGCACCAGCAAACAGGGUAGACCACUGGAGGAAAGUAAUGCGGCGACACCACACUACAACAUCCUGUUUAUGGGGCCAAACAAACUGGACCGGGAGGAGAUCGAGAGCCUAACGCUCAAGAUGGUCGCGAGCGAUCGGGACAAUCUGAUGUCGGAAGUCGAGUUAAAAAUACUGAUCCUGGAUGUGAACGAUUGCGCACCGGUAUUUGAACGGAUCGCCAUCUUUCGCAAGAGCCGCUGCGAAAUGAUCGAGAACACGAGCGAUCUGGAGCUGAUGUACUUGGAUGAGAUCGAAGGACCGGAUGUCGGUGGAGGUCGAUUGCCCGACUAUCUCCAGGAUGCAAUGCCCGGCACCGGGAACACGGACAUGGACAGUCGAAUUGCGUACGGAGUGGAGAGUCUGUUCGAGAUGGUCCAAUCGGCACCGUACGUGGGGAUGCCACGGCUUUACGAUAGUGAAUCGGUCAUGAUGUCGACGAUGGCGGCUGCGAACCACAGUACCGAUCGGUACGUUGGGAUGCGCCGGAAGCUCUACAAACCCAACAAAGUCCGUCUGCCUUCCACACGUCCAACGGCCCUGUCCGGGGGUCGCAAUGCACGGGCCAUCACCAAGAAGUCCCAACUAAAGUUCGCCCUGCCCGAGAACGUUGAGGUGGGCAAAGUGAUCUUCAAGCUGACGGCGAACGAUGAUGAUUUUGAGAAGAACUCGCGGGUCUACUACGACAUCACCGCCCAGACCGAUCUGGGAACGGGCGAACGUGUCGGUUACUUCAAGAUUGAUCGCAACAACGGUGAGCUGAAGGUAACGAAGCGAUUGCCACCUGAAUCGGACAUACGGCUAAACGUGACGGCGAAGGAUGUUGGUGGACUGUCCGAUGUGCUGCAGAUCCAGUUCAAGGUGUACGAUGUGAACGAUCAUGCGCCCGUGUUCGAGAAGCAGUGGUACACGUUCAACGUGGACGAGGGUUCGUAUCCGAUCACCGGCAAAAAGAUUGGCCAAGUGCGCGCGAAUGAUGAGGAUACCGGUAUGAAUGGGAACGUGACGUACAUGCUGGUGCUUCCUGAGGGUGAUCAGCAGCAGCAGCAGCAGCAGCAGCAGAAGAUCCCGUUCUCCAUCUCUCCGUACGAUGGUACGGUCCGUGUGAGUGGUGAGAUCGAUCGGGAGCUCGUUAGCUCGUACCGAUUCCGGGUGCUCGCUUCGGACAACAACUUUGACCACAAACUGACGGCCACCGUGGACGUGGAGGUGAUCGUGAUGGAUCGCAACGAUAAUAGCCCCGAGUUUACGGCCUACGAUGAGCUGCGGUCCGAUCGGAGUGCCAUCAAGCGAUUGCCGGUGUAUGUGGCAUAUCUGGACGUCAAUGCGAAGGUUGGUACUUUCGUGAAGCAAGUUCUAGCGCGUGAUGCAGACUUCCGUGAGAACGGGAACGGGCUCGUGAUCUACUCGCUCACCGGACAGACCGGUGAUCAUCGGUUGCAGUUCGCGAUCGACCCGAAAGAUGGCAUCGUAACGACGGCUUCGAAAUACGUCGACCUCGAGAGCGAAAAUGAAGGCGAAGUUAAGACAAAACCAUCGCACCUGAAUGUGACGAUCGUGGCAUCCGACUUUGGGACACCGCCCCGUUCCAGUAUGGCUCUGUUGAUCGUGCACUUGCAAGGUGAUCCACUACAGAGGCGUGUAACCGAAGAACCGCCACCGCUCUUCCCGUAUCGGUACUACGAGAUCGAACUGCGUGAGAAUGAUCCAGCACCACGGAUCAUCCUCAAUGUGACACUCUCGAAGCGCUACGCCACGGAACCGUUUCGCUGGGAGAUUGUGAGUCGUCAGAGCGAUACUGAGCCCGAACCACGGUUCCGGAUUGACGAGCGGAAUGGUUCACUGUGGUUACUGAAGCCACUCGAUCGUGAGGAACAGGAUGCGUACGAGGUGCGGAUCCGAGUGGAACGCCUGAAACGCGA